AUGGGUGUCCAGAAGACCAUUAUCCAAGAGGGCAACGGCCCAUCCCCUAAGAAGGGCGACACCGUUACCAUGGAGUACACGGGCUGGCUGAAGGAUGCCCAAUCCGACAAGGGCAAACAGUUUGACAGCACAACUGGCCGCGGUCCAUUCCAGACCCAGAUCGGUGUCGGCCGUGUCAUCAAAGGCUGGGAUGAGGGUGUUGUGCAAAUGAAGCUUGGCGAGAAGGCCAGGUUGGACAUCACCAGCGACUUUGCUUACGGAAACCAGUCAUUCCCUGGUCUGAUCCCUCCUAACUCUGACCUUAUCUUCGAGGUCGAGCUUAAGAAGAUCAACUAA